AAGGCGUCGCGCGAAGUCGGGGUAACUGGUUGGAGUUUGGAGAUCCUCCCCGGCUAAUGAUUCCGUCUGACUUUCGGCAAAGGCUAACCAUCCGAGCAGACGUCAACGGCCCGUCUAAAUUACAUUAUCGUACUCAUCAACAGCUCGCUUUAUCUACAUAGCCUCAUCGUUCCCCCCGCGUCCCAAGAUGUUGUCUAACAGUGACCCCUCUUGCCCUGCUGUUGGCAACCAGAAUCCAGUUCCACAACAAUGCCGUACCUCUUCAUUCAAGACCACAAGCUGCACUAUGCGGACUCCCAUCCGCAGGGGGCCCCAAGCGGCGGAUUGACCUUCAUUUGUAUCCAUGGAUUGGGAUCCUCUCAGAAUUAUUAUUUCCCUGUCAUUCCUCAUUUGACAGGCAAGCAUCGUUGCAUCGCUUUCGACAGCUAUGGCAGCGGACGAUCGAAUUACACGGGUCUGCAGACGAGCGUGGAGUCUAUCGCCGAAGACGUGCUAUCAAUUAUGGGCGAGCUGGAGAUCCCAAGAGCGGUCAUGGUUGGCCACUCCAUGGGUGGCAUGGUUGUGUCCCAUCUGGCGGCUACACAACCUGACAAGGUCCUUGCAGUCGUGGCCAUUGGGCCAGUGCACCCGGAGAGUAGUACCGCAGAGGUCUUUGAGAAGCGAAUUGGAAUGGUGACUAAAUCUGGAAUGGAAUGUAUGGCAGACUCGAUUCCUAACCAGGCAACGGGUUCUCGCGCAACAGCGCUCCAGAAAGCCUUCAUUCGGGAACUGAUCUUGAAUCAGACCCCUCUGGGCUACGCUGCAGCUUGCAGGGCCGUCGCAACGGCACGCCCUCCUAAUUAUGCCGGUGUAAAAGCACCUUUCCUGCUCAUUGCCGGGCAGGAAGACAAGUCGGCACCAAUGGAUGGAUGCAAGUUCAUCUUUGAAAACAUCCAAAGCCAGAAUAAGAAGAUGGAAGUGCUUCCGGGUGUUGGGCAUUGGCACUGUGUCGAGGCCAGCGAUGAGGUUGGCAAGCUCAUCGCCGAGUUCGCAGGAACCCUUCAGGCUUGAGACUUUGGGGGCGUGGAGCCGACCAUUUGUGAUAAUCAACUUUCUACGAUUAAGCGAAUAGACAUUUUACAUUAUAGAAGGAUUGUGAUCGAUUCUCGCGAAAGAUAAUAUAAAGCCGGAGCUUUCUCUUAGUCAGUGACUAUCAUGACGAACUUAUAUUAUGGGAGCUAUCCCAGUCACUUUAUGGAAUAACUGGAAAGAGCAGAGGUUUUUGGUAUCAAAUUAAAGAAACAAUAGGCGACAGCUCAUUAUUAAAUACAGAUAAAUCAUUAGACUCCAUUCGUCUUGACGUUGCCAGGAACAAGCC